AUGCGAAGUUUUGACUGCCCUUACGACUACCUGUUGUCCAUAUACGGUCCCCACCAUUUUAAGAAAAUCAUCGCCAAUCUCAGCCCAAACUUGGAGCAUGACGACCCUCAUCUGUACUUGCUCGUUCUCGAGGUUAUGGACGCCAUACAUUUUGGGGCUAUCUUAGUUGACGAUGUUGCGGAUGAUAGCAUGUUGCGUAAAGGCCAUAAAUCUGCGCAUCGAAUAUAUGGAGCGUCUGAGACCAUCAACCGCGCAUACUUGAUAAUUCUCAAUGUGGUCAUGAAAUGCCAGAGGGAAAGACCAGAGCUUGUUCCGUUCAUUCUCGACUGUGUGACCGGGAUUCACCAAGGCCAAGACGAUUCCCUUGUUUGGCGCCGCGAUGGCUUUCCUUUCCCUGCCGAAGCCGAAACUGCGCUUCAAAUGUAUCGCCGAUGUGCUUCGAUGAAGACCGGGGCGCUCUUCAAGCUCGUGGGCCAGUUGAUUACCGGCAGCCACGAUCAAGAUGAUCUAAUGAACGAAUAUGGGCAUGUUGCACCAGCUAUAUUUGGUGACCAAGAAUCUAACGGCUUUCAUAGGUGGUAUUGUCAGCUGCAAAACGAUUGUAAGAACGUUUUCUCAUCUGACGUUGUAACCGCCAAGGGUGCCCUCGCCGAAGAUCUAAUUAAUGGAGAAUACUCGUAUCCUAUUAUUUUGGGGCUGUACUCAUCGCAGCCUAUCAAAUCAGCUCUUGAGAAUGCAUUCAAUCGGAAGCGGGGAAACCAGGCUGAAUACAAGGCUGCAGUGAAUAGGGCCGUUUGCGCACUUCAGGGCGAGGAAGUGCGCAGUCUGUGUCUUGAAGAACUACGGCUUGUACGGCAGCGAAAUCUGCAAUUCGCGACGUUAUGGGGCAGAGAAGAAAAGAUGGAGAUUUCAUCACUUUCGACGUAG